UAUGUAUGUCAUGUAAAUGUUUGUGUUUCAAUUUAAUUUUGAAUUCUACAAAUAUUUUAUUACUUAUAUGGUUUGGUUAGUAUCUUCUGGAAAGCUUUACUAGUAACAACAUUGAGUUCUGCUAUAAAAAAAAAUUUUUUUGGAUUAAAUUUUAAAAAUUGGAAUUUUACAGUAAAAAAAAAAAUCAAUUAAUUUUAAUUGAGCAUACCAUAGCAUCGUCAAAACGUGAUAAUUAUUAAAAAUAAUAAAAGUGAAACGAAAAGGAAUAUAAUUAUAAAAAAAAUUAAAUAAAAUAAAAUGGCACCAAAUGAUAAAAGUACAGAGGAAAUAAAUAAUAAUAAAGAUAAUGACAAUCCAAAAUUUCCAAAAUGGUUAAAUGAAACAUUCUUUCAUAAUGUCCUGGAAAAGCAUGUUGGUAAAGGAUUUAAAGUAAAAAAUUUUAAACCUAUUGCAGCUUUUGGAGGUGGUGAAAAUUAUGCAUCAGAUAUGUUACGAAUUGAAAUGGACUUGGAAUUAAAUGAUGGAACUGAAACAUCUAUUUCAUAUAUAUUGAAAAUGAUGCCACAAAAUGAUGUUGGAGCUGAUGUUGUUAAAAAAAUGAAUCUAUUUCCAAAAGAAAUGCAAAUGUAUGGUAAAAUUAUACCAGAAUUUGAAAAACUUUAUGCUGAUAUUGGUAAAUCAGUAACAUUUGGACCAAAAUGUUAUAGUGUAUCGAAUGAACAUGGUGGUGAAAUUAUUAUGGAAGAUUUAAAAAAUAAAAAUUUUAAAAAUGCUAAAAGACAAAUCGGUUUAGAUAUAACACAUUCGAAAAGAGUAUUAGAAAAAAUGGCACAAUUUCAUGCAGCUUCAGCAUGUUGGUUUGAAAAAUAUGGUCCAUAUCCUGAUUUAUUUUUAAAUGGUUUUUAUAAUGAGAAUGUUAGAGAAAUAUUUGAAAAAAUGAAUGAAGUUAAUUCAAAACUUUAUAUAGAUUGUAUGUUAAAAUAUAAAAAUGGUGAUAAAUAUGUAGAUAAAAUAGGAAAAUUUCAGGACAACUUCAUUGAUAUACUAAUUGAUGUGAGUAAAGUUGAUCCAAAUAAUUUCAAUGUUUUGAAUCAUGGUGAUCUAUGGUGUAAUAAUAUAAUGUUUCAAUAUGAUACAGAAGGCAAUAAUAAUAUUAAUGAAAUUUAUUUUGUUGAUUAUCAAAUUUCUAAAUAUGGUAGCCCAUCUUCUGAUUUAUAUUAUUUUAUUAUAUCAUCAACAAGUUUUGAAACAAAAAUAAGUGAAUUCGAUUUUUUUGUUAAAUACUAUCAUGAUAAACUUGUUGAAAAUUUAAAAUUAUUAAGUUAUCCAAAACGAAUACCAUUAUUAAGAGAUAUUCAUAUUCAAUUACUUAAAGAUAAAUUUUGGGCAUUGGGAACAGCUUCAGGUGUAAUGUCAGCUGUAUUAUUAGAUCCAACAGAAGAUGCUAGUAUAGAAAAUUUCUUGGAAGGAUCUGAUGAUGGUAUUAAAUUUAAAAUGAAUGCAUAUUUAAAUCCACGUUAUGUUAAAACAAUGGAAGCUCUAUUACCAUUUUUUGACAAUAAAGGCCUAUUAGAUUUUUUAGACAAAAUAUUUUCAACUUAUUCGGAACUAAGAUUUCUAAUAAUGACAUCUCAAUGUGGAAAAGAAUAUCACCCAUCACCAAUUUGGUUAACAAAAGAUUAUUUAGAAGAAGUUUUUAGAUCUUAUAGAAAAUCAAAUAAUUUAAAAAUUAAAAAUUUAGAAAUUGUACCAGCAACUCAAAAAGGUGACAAUUAUGGUAGUGUAAUGACAAGAAUUAAAAUAAGUUUUAAUGACUCCAAAAACCCAAAUUCUGAAAAUACAAUUUAUAAUUACAUUGUAAAAACCUCAUUUGAAGAAAAUAAAUUUGCUAGUGAAAUUUUAAAAGAAUACAAAACAUUUGAAUGUGAAAUGAAUAUGUACGAGAAUGUUUUGCCUCGUUUAACGCAAAUCCUGAGAAGAAUUAAUAAAGAUGAAUAUAUUUUCGCAGAAGUAAUAUUUGUAGAUCGUAAACACAUAGCUAUAAUAAUGGAAGAUUUAUCACAAAUUAACUACAAAACCGCAGAUCGUAUUGAACGUUUAGAUUUAAAACAUACUAAGUAUGCUUUGAACAAAAUGGCUAAAAUGCAUGCUGCUUCAUUAAUUCUACAUAAUGAACUUGGAAAUAAUUAUUUGAAAUCAUUUGAUCGCGGUUUAUUUAACAGUCAUACACAUCAUUUUGGUACAUUUUUUAAGAAUUUCACUGAAGGAUGUGGUGUAGUGGCAAGUAAUAUGGGUGGAGAAUACGUAAUUUAUGGUGAAAAAAUAAAGAAAAUUUUACCAUAUUUUAUGGAGAAAGUAGAGAGUGUCAUUGAACCAAAUGAUAAAUAUUUUAAUACUUUAAAUCAUGGUGAUUAUUGGACAAAUAAUUUGAUGUUCAAGUAUAAAGAGAAUGGUGAAAUUGAAAAUGCUCUUUUAAUUGAUUUUCAAUUUAGCAAAUGGACGUCCCCGGCAUGGGAUUUACAUUACUUUAUUAAUACUUCAGUUCAAGAAGAAGUACGACAUAAACGACAAGAUGAACUCUUUCAGUGCUACCAUGAAAAUCUCGUGAAUAUUUUAAAAAAAUUAAAUUAUGUUGGAAAAGUUCCAGAUCUACAUAAAUUUCGUUUAGAAAUGGCUGAAAAAGAAUUUUUAGCGUUUGUUGUAACAGCUACUUCUCAGGUGCUCUUAAUAAAUGAUCAAACUGAAGAUGCUGAAUUCGAUACACUAAUGAAAACUGAUGAAAGAUCAAUGAAUUUUCGUAAAGUUGCAUAUAGUAAUCCGAGAGUUUUAGAAGGUGUUAAAAAUAUGUUACCAAUUUAUGAUCGUACACCAGCUAAAGAAGUAUUAACAAAAAAAUGUAAAUCUAUAGCAGGUGAAGCCCAAACAAAAAAAACAUAUUCUUUAAGUAUGCCACUUAAUAAAGGAUUUCAUGCAGCUCCAAUUUGGUUAACAAAAGAUUAUUUGGAAGAAGUUUUUAGAUCUUAUAGGAAAUCAAAUAAUUUUAAAAUUAAAAAUUUAGAAAUUGUACCAGCAACUCAAAAAGGUGACAAUUAUGCUAGUGUAAUGACAAGAAUUAAAAUAAGUUUUAAUGACUCCAAAAACCCAAAUUCUGAAAAUACAAUUUAUAAUUAUAUUGUAAAAACCUCAUUUGAAGAAAAUAAAUUUGCUAGUGAAAUUUUUAAAGAAUACCGAACAUUUGAAUGUGAAAUGAAUAUGUACGAGAAUGUUUUGCCUCGGCUAACACAAAUCCUGAGAAGAAUUAAUAAAGAUGAAUAUAUUUUCCCAGAAGUAAUAUUUGUAGAUCGUAAACACAUAGCUAUAAUAAUGGAAGAUUUAUCACAAAUGAAUUACAAAACCGCAGAUCGUAUUGAACGGUUAGAUUUAAAACAUACUAAGUAUGCUUUGAACAGAAUGGCUAAAAUGCAUGCUGCUUCAUUAAUUCUACAUAAUGAACUUGGAAAUAAUUAUUUGAAAUCAUUUGAUCGCGGUUUACUUAACAGUCAUGCACAUCAUUUUAGUACAUUUUUUAAGAAUUUCACUGAAGGAUGUGGUAUAGUGGCAAGUAAUAUGGGUGGAGAGUACGUAAUUUAUGGUGAAAAAAUAAAAAAAAUUUUACCAUAUUUUAUGGAAAAAGCAGAAACUGCUAUUGAGCCGACCGAUAAAUAUUUUAAUACUUUAAAUCAUGGUGAUUUUUGGACAAAUAAUGUAAUGUUUAAGUAUAAAGAAAAUGGUGAAAUUGAAAAUGCUCUUUUAAUUGAUUUUCAAUUUAGCAAAUGGACGUCCCCUGCAUGGGAUUUACAUUAUUUUAUUAAUACUUCAGUUCAAGAAGAAAUACGACAUAAAGGACAAGAUGAACUUUUUCAAUACUACCAUAAAAUUCUUGUGAAUACCUUGAAACAAUUAAAUUAUGAUGGAAAAAUUGCAGAUUUAUAUCAAUUUCGUUUACAAGUGGCUGAAAAAGAGUUUUUAGCUUUUGCCAUUACAGCAACUUCACAAGUUAUUCUCAUAAAUGACAAAACCGACGAUGCUGAAUUCGAUGUACUAAUGAGAACUGAUGAAAGAUCAAUGAAUUUUCGUAAAGUUGCAUAUAGUAAUCCGAGAGUUUUAGAAGGUGUUAAAAAUAUGUUACCAAUUUAUGAUCGUCGGGGUCUACUAGAUGUUUAAGCAUGAAUUUUACAUACUAAGGAAUUUAAUAUUUAAUUUAUUUUAAAAAAUUGUAAAUUUUGAGUAUUUUAUGUUAGUUGUAUCAUAAAUAUUUAUAUAUAUAUAUAUAU